AUGUUUAGAGCUUCUACCAACGCACCACAACCGUCACAGACCCGCGCUGCUCCUUCGUUCGGCUUUCCGGCCGCGCCGACAGCAACACUAACUACGGCGAGCGGCAGCAGCGGAGCUCCGGUGACGGCGGCGCAACCACCUCAAACGGUUAAUGUCUCGUCAGAAGCCCCACAGGGGCAACACGCCGUGACGAGCAGUCCACCGCCAGCGCCAGGUGGGUUUGCAUGCAGGAACCCCCCUGUUGCUACGGGAGGUCUCGGUAAUGCCUCUGCUGCGCCUGCGCCUGCAUCAGCGAUGCAACCAGCUACGCCGGCCUACGUGGAGCUCUUCGCUAAGGCCUGCCGCGACGGGGUGGUCAGCGACGCCUUCACUCAAGAACUCAAGAAGCGCUUCAGCACUCCUAUGGAAGUGACAGUAGCGCCGCCAGCUACAGUGCCUCAGGCAAUCACAAAAGCCCUGCAUACAGGUGCUCAGUGGCAGGCAGCGGUGGCGCCUCAAGCUACGCUCACCAACUUCUCCACCAGCACCGCCCCAGCUGCAGUAGCCAGCGUGACCUACUCGACAUUGGCGCGCGCAAACGAGCCCAAGCAGCAGCAAGAGCGACGGCGACUGCAGGUGGAGCAAGCUUUAGAGUUCCUGCAGACGCUGCUGCUGUGUGACAGUGGCUACAAUAAUAGCGAAGCCCCGCCGGUCGACAACCCAGCUACCUCUCCGUGGACAGAGAGUGUAGGGGAAGUAAAAGGCUUGCAUGCGGCGGUGGCGGCAGUGGCCGUGCCUGCCGCAAGCAAUCUCAUUUCCUUUCUAAAAACGACCAUCACAGCGAACAGCCAGGCUAGUGAUGGCGAGGGCGCCGCAUGCACUCUCUUCAUUGACAACCGGCGUAAGCGGCCAGACAAGAGCCCAGUACUGCUCGCCGCGCAGUGUCUGUAUGUGUUGUCGCGCCACUUUCAGCUGACAGUGAGUGUGGUGAAGGAGGCGCUGGACCUGAUGGAGACGCUGUACCUUCUACUAAAGAAUUCGUUACAGAACCGAAUUGUGCCACUGCCAGCCUUCAGUGACAACGUAGACACGUGCUGCCUCAACACUCUCCUCUGGCUCUGCGUCUUCUCCGUGGUGAACAUGACCGCCGUAUGGAAGAAACUGCGCUCCACCACAGGAGAGCUGCACCUGAAUGAGCUGAUUCACUCCACUGCAGCUGGAUCCCUUGGCACCGCUGUAUCCGCACUGCGCUGCAAACUCCGUGAGAGUGUGCAGGCGCCGAGCGCAAGUGCUGGCGGGGGUCUCUACAGUGACGGGCUUACAGAUGCCCGCCGCGGCGGUGGAGGGGAGCUGUUGCUUGGUGGGGGCAGCGGUGGCGACCGUGCCGCCUCGUCUUUGUCACCGGCGGUGUACACAUGGCAAGUUCUCGCUGACAGCUACCUGAGCAUCUUGACCUUGGCCGAAGGCUGCCUCCUCCGCGCCAAGGGAAGUGAGCAAGGCUACGACAAAGCACUGGACGCCUUCCUUGGUGCGCGCAUGGCCUCGCCCUCGUCUUCGCGCAUGCCUAUGACUCCGGCAAGCGUUGCCGUUCAUCGCGGCAAAGUUACGAAACGGAUGGUACAGCUGGCACCUGUCCCCCGGACACUUUCAAUCCCCCUUGGUCUUCUCUACAUUGCUCCGUACGAGAUGAUGUCGUAUCUCUUUGAUGAGAUGCUGCCGCUGCUCCGCCAUCUCUCGGAGCUGGAAGUAGCUACACACCGGCGGUACUGCGAGCAGCUUGAGGAGCUGCCACGUCUGCCCGCAUCUAUGCGCAGCGGAGGCGUGGCGGCGCCGGAGGCGUACUACGGCUACCAGCACCGCGGCGCAGCACAGAAUGGCCGCACGGAGGAGACGGAGGACGCGGAAGUGUGGCUGCAGAAGGUAACGCGUACUGGAGCUGGUGGCGAUGUUGUCGGGGAACCGUUCACGUCUGAGAUGGCGCAUCUGCUUGAGGCACUCGCGAUUUGCCUACAGCACCUGCCACCAAAGGUGCUAAACCCAGACCUCGACUCUGAUUGUGCCGCAACCUUCUUCAUCUUCAAGAAUUUUGUGAAGCACAUGCGGCAAGUCUUCGCCACGCAGCGCAGCAGCGCUCCCUCGGCCACCGUGGGUGCCACCGGAGGGGGCAGCUGCUCGAUCAGCGGCUUCGGCGCCAAGUGGGAGAACUACACGCUGAAGCUGAUGACCAGGUUUCUGGAAGUGAUGGCGAUGAUCGGCCGUAACCCGCAGUACACGCAGCGAGUUGUGGUGCUCCUCACGGACGCUCAGACAGAGUGUGGCGAGAUGCAGUGGCACAGUUUGGUGAGUCAGGCACUCGAGUGCGCUGGCUUCAACAGUGCCGUUAUUGGCACUCCUGGCGCGCUGGGAAGCGGCGGCAGCGCAGAUUCAGUCAUGGCGUUGGCAGCAGCACAGAAGUCCUCUGCAGGGUCUGUGGCAGGUGAUGCGGCCGAUGGUGACGACAUGUAUACGCUCUUGUCGACGGUGCCAGGCGCGAACAGGGCGCCGCGCGCGUUGCACCAGCAGUUCACCCGUGCCUACGCGCGCAAGUAUCAGCGCAAGUUUAUCGCCAGCUUCUUUCUCUUGCUGCGCCAGUUAUUUGGCCACCCCACUCUGCAGCCCAUCGUGAGCGCCCACAUGACCCUUGCGCUCGCCCUGACGUUCCUCUCGGCACCGCAGCAAAGCCAGAUUAUGCUGGGCAGUACACUGUCGCUCAUCUCGGCCCUUAUCACGAACGCGGCGGACGCGCAGCUAGUCUGGUCGUUUCUGGAGCAGCGCCGCCUGCUUCAUCAGUCGUCGGUGCGCACACAACAUCAGGUUCAUGAAGGCGGCACUAGCGCCAGCUCCGCUUUGUACAAUCGCUUCACCACGUUGUCAUCCCCGGCUGCUGCCGGACAGCGAGAGUCGCCUGUACACGAGGAGGCGCUUUCCAUUAUAGGGCACUGCCAAUGCGAGUGCACACAGGGCACCUACGACAUUACAAUCGGCUUCCUCAAUCUUGUCACCGCUCUGUUCCAGCACGACCAGCCACCUAUGGCGGCGCUGCCUGUGUACAACACAGUCACGCACUUCAUCUCGCACGAAGUACUGCGCGGCGUGCUGAAGCGCAUGUUUUCGCACUCACAUGAGCGGUACACGGUGAUGGCGCUCGCGUGCGCGGUGCUGCGGCAGGCGCUGCUCGUGCGCUUCCGGUGCGACGAGAACGGGCGCACGGCAGUGCUGCCUUUUCCCGUCAUCAUGGCGAUCAACAAGGCCCCGACAGACGUGGUCGGCGAGGUGCUCAAGCUUAUUCUUGAGGCUAGCGAUGCAUCGUACGAGCUUCUUAGUCACCACCGCGCGGCCGUCCGCCAGGCGAUGCGGCUACUCAUCACAGCAAUCCAGACAGUGCGAGAACAGAGUAUUGAGCUAUUGCUCUUUGACAACCGCACCACUCUCAACAACGAUUUGGCUGUGCGCGUGCUGGGCAUGUGUUCACUGCACGACACCCUCCUGACGAAGACCACGCUGCAGCUCUUGCUGCUGUUCCCCUUUGAAACAGCGAAUCAGGCAGCGCAUUACUGGGCUGGGCUCACUCACAAGUACGCCCCAGUCCUCGACUCCUUUACACAGCUUCUGCAUCCGCUGAACACUGCGCCAAUGGUGAUGCAGGCGCCACCAGAGCUGGCGCAGCUCGACUUCCAACCGUCAGAGCUCAUCCCUGGGUGGUCGGCCGCGGUGCUCAUAGAGACCAAGUCGCUGCUGCUCGAUCUUCUCAUGCAGCACGCAGAUGUGACGGAGCCGUCGCUGACCGCGUGGAUGGGCGGCUUUUAUGGUGAGGACUACUCUCGCCGCCACCGACGGGGACAGCCAUAUGUCUCCGCAGCAGCUCGAGUGGCCUCCAUGCAUGACAACGCGACUGACGGGAACGGCACCGCCGGCGAGCCUCGGUGGUGGCGAUCCACCCUUCUCACUUCCGUCGUUGAGGGCGCAUGUAGCUGUGAGGUCGAACGCGCACAUCCGGCCCUGGCCGUCAAGUACGUGAAGCUGCUCUACCUCCUGCGUGCCAACCGACUCUACGGCUCCCUCGUCAUUCGCCCCUUUCUAGAGUCGGUCUGCCAGACGCUGUUCCUGCGACUGCAGCACUACCAAGCCAGUCAGUGCACCCCGGUUGCACUCAGCAAGUACGCGUACGUGCUCAAACUCCUGGCAUUGGAGGUCUGCUACACGUAUCGCACAGCCCCGGAGAACCUGCGGCUUGCGCAAAACACAACCAUCACGUCCAUCGCGGUCGAGGUGCUGCUCUCGCUCCUCUACCCCUUCGGCAGCAGCAGUGGUCCCGCCGCGCUGAGCGAGUGCGAAUACGGCGCCAUCGCGGACAGCGGAGUUCGGAGCCUCUACGAGGUAGACGGCUUCGAUAGCGAAACACACGCGAACGCGCUGUCGCAACGUGACGUAGACCAGGAUGGAGAACAGCAGUGGAAUGCGGGCGUGGCGGUCAUGUCUCGUGACGCCGCUGUCGACAUUACGAGCUGGCUGCCACAGGCACUACAAGUACUGCCUACCUUCCCAGAAAAGCUGCCCGAUGUUGCUGGAGGACUAAACCAUCUCGUUCCCGCUGCGACAGACGGCGUCGUGCAGUACAACAUGACAAGUCUUUAUAGCGCGAUUCAAGCGGAGCACGCGCGCGCAAACAAGCCGCCUAUGACCAUGGCUGAGCUGCGCGAACGACUGCGACCCUUCAUUGCCGCAAAUGACUGUUUCUUCUCGUACGCGGCAGGCGUCAGUUUUGUCGAGGGCUGGUGCCAGCUUGUGAGUGUGUCCUGCUCGGUCGUGAAAGGUUUGUCGGUGUCGCGACUGAGUUCUUUUGCCUUGUGCAUUCUACGCGGACUGGACGCCACAACGCGGCUUACCGCAGCAGCUCAGGAGCAAGUGGCGGUUCGUCUGUGCCACUGUCUGUCCACUGUGAUGGCUCACCUCCGGCAGACAGUUUGUGCGUCAGUAGCGCUGUCGCUCACGACACCGCAGAACGCGGAGGCGGAGGCAGCCUGGUACGAACAAGGCAACGGGAGUUAUCCUGGCCUGCAGGGAGGCGGUGGUGCACCGCUCGAUACAGCACGUGCGGUGUCGUAUCGGCACAGCGGGUGUGAGCGUCGCACCGCAUCAAGCGUGUCUGCUCAGCCCAUCACGGCCACGACAGUGCGCAGCCACGGCUGUGGCGUGGAGCGAGAAAUGAGAAUCGGGCAGCGCCGCCCGCGCGAGAAGAGUCGCCAUACCACACCUCAAUACCGAAACAGCCACGGUGGUGGAGGGGCAACAGGAAGCGCGAGUGACAAAACCGGCAAGUCGUUCGCCACUCACGCUGGCGAACUCAGCAACUUUUUUAGCGUCGCGAACCGCUCGCAGCUGGCGCAGGCACUGAUACAGCACCGUGAAGCAGAACGCAGCGGCGCAGCGCCUAUUUCGGUGGCAGGUGAAGAGACUACCACGCUUGCGUCUUGGAGUAGACCGGAAGUGACUAGUGCAUCCUUGCUAUUGGGGCCACUGGUGCGCGCCCUGGUGCAUUGGGGAACUCGCAUUGCGUCGACACGGGCGGAGCUCUACCUCAGCCUUUUGUGUCUCGCUGAGACGCCUGGUGUCAACCUCGACGAUGUGGUAGUGUGGCGCUUUCAAAGGGCACUGCUUGAUGUGGUGUGCACAGACAUCUGCGGCAGCAGCGGCUCGAGCGCAAGCGGGGGUGGUGAGAACCGUCUCGGAGGGAACGUGGCCGCUGAGCAGGCAAGCAAUGGUCUGAGCGGCGCUGCUCCAGCAAACAGCAGUGGCAGCGGCGCAACAGCACUCUCGGCGCACCAGCAGCAGGCGGUAGCACUUCUGGUUGCCCUCCUACAGGUGUCGGCACCAAUUCGUGACGAGUUCUGCCACCCAGACCCCGGAGGCGGUGAUGAACUCGGUAGGUGGGCGUUACGGUGCGCUACGGCGCUGCUUCAGAGCGUGGACCGUGCAGUCUGCAACUUCCUCACCAGCAACGGCGCACAACUGGGCACGCUACUGUGGCACCUACGCAGCGCCUUCGACGUCUUCUCGGUCAUCUCCCUCAGCCACAGCUCGCAGGUGCUGCACAGCGACCUGCUCCACUCGUGCCUCUCGAUGCGGGCAUGGCAGUACAGUACGCUGGUGGUGUUGGGCUACUCUCAGGCCACUCCCUCCUUUGACCAGGUCCCGAGCAGGACCCUCGUGGAGCAGAACAAGGAGGUGCUGCGGUACCUUCUGCUGGGUGUAGUGAGGUGGGUGAACCUACUUCUCUCUUCCCUCGGCGAUGCAGCGCCGCUCUUGUACGAAGUGCAGAAAUUUAUCCGCGACAAUCGACAGCUGAUCGACCACGUCUUCAUAUCUCCCACGGCUGUCAGCAGUACCAUCGCUGGAUCGGUGCGUCUCAGCGCGUCGCACCUGACCCUCUGUGCGGAGUUCUCCGACUGCCUGCGCGCUCUCUCAUGCUCAGUGCUGGCGGUAGACUGCCGCAGGCUCGUUGAUGGCAUGGCGCUGGCCGAGUUGCUGAGCAUGCUGAGCAGUGAAGAGGUGUGGCACCGCGGUCCGACAGAGUUGCAUGGCUUUGCAGACGUCGAUGGCGAGGAAGGCAGCAAGAGUGGUGCCGCUGGAGGUACAUCUGUUGUAGCCUCGCCAGCAGCAGCAGGUGCAGCGGACGCAGAGUGCGGCGACGCCAGUGAUGGAGAAGAUGCGGGUGGGGCUCUGGCAAAGCUAACCAGGGCAACUAGCACCGCAACAGCGCACACCGUCUCCGUAGCUGAACGCGGGCGCGAUGUCGUGGCGCUGACGGUGCGCAAUCUUGCCCAUCUGCUGCUUAACACCGAGUACGGACAUCGAAUCAACGAGGAUGCCGGUGUCUUCAUCGCCUGCGCCGACAGCCCACCGAUGCUCCGCCACUCUGCUGCGAAGCGGCAACUGGUCGCAAAAAUUAUCCGUCACGUUGCUCAGUCCCUCGUGCAGUCAAGCACAUCGGAGGUGCGAGAGUUCCGCCUUGAGUGCUACCUUUACGCCCUGCACGCCAUGGUCUGCUUACUGCACUCCUUCGUCCUUCCCCUGGCGUGCUCAGCGUCGUCGCAGACGCAGUCUUCAUACACCCUCACUCUGCCAGGAGAUUUUGUGCGCUAUCUAUCCGAGCUUCCGCUUGGUGAGUUCACCAACACUCUGAAGCAGGCACAAGAAGCCGUGUAUCAGCUGCGCGAGUUCAACACGGACUACCGUGGCGGUCUCCGUGCGAGCCGGGUGGCUGCAAACGCCUGGGUAAUUGGCACUUCCUCUGCUGGACCGCACACGCUGAGCAACAGCGUGCGCGCUGCCAGUGCCGCCGAUCAGAAAUCGACGGUGUCGUCUACGCCCCACAAUCUGCCAUUCUCUCCGCCGGCAGCAGCACAUGUUGAAGCCGGCAACACCGACGCCUUCAGCAUGCCAUUGGCGCCGGGUUUGUUGCCCGCAGUUGAUGCUCUCGGCGGUGGGCGCAACACUGCGACGGGGUCGCAGACGAUAUCAAAGUCCUCAGCUGCGGUUGAGCUCGCCCAGGCGUCGUCUGGACGACGCGAGCCGUACUCCGGCGACCCACCUCCCUCGGCCACGACUUGCUGUGGGGGCAGACCUGGAUGUGACCCGAACACGACGGUGGCAUUCGACCUCGAUGGCCCCUCUUCCCGCCCCCCGCAUGUGCAGGGACGGAAUGGCGCGAGCACUCCUCCCGGUGUGGCGUCGACUACAAGCGAUUCCCAGUCCUCCCUGCUGCCCGCCACGGACGAUGGGGCGAAGCUCAGCCCAGAGGUUACGCUGUGGGAGCUGCUACCGGGGCGUGGUGGCGCACGUGAGGGUGAAUGGACGCGACUAUACGACGCGGCCACGGCGCUCGAUGUCCCGGGAACCGCUGUGGAUGGCGAUUUGGACUCCACUGGUAUCCGCAGCGCGCCACUGCAGUGGAAGGACGUGCUUAACGUCGAGAAUGAAGUGCGCCAGGUGAAAAUCGCGAUCGCCAACGCGUUGCGGGCAACGAAGGGGGCGAUGUAUCUCGUGCGAAAGCACGCGUAG